GCUUGAUUAACAUGUAAAUGCAUUGAUAUCUUUUCAAAACUUCAACCUCACUGCGAACAAUUAAGUCGAACUUGAAAUUCAGAAAGUGGACUAAAGGAGCUUUUAGUUGUUCACUGUUGUUGCUUGAUACGGGUUGUUAGUGAAGACGAAAGGCUGUGAACAGAUGUGUAGUGUCGGUCCUUAACCGGCGUUGACGAAAACACGUCAAAGAAACUGUUUGCUUGUUAUCCUCCAUCUUGUGAUAAGUUCGCGUAAAUAACGACGACGAGCUCAAAUGAGCACUGUGUUUGACGGAUGUGCAGCGUGGCUUACACUUCAGUCGUGAAGGAGAGGAAGCCACCAGAAUUUCAAAAUUGAACGUUGGAUAAGGAGCUUUCUUCCUGUUUAAUUUGGCGCAGCCGUCAACUGUUUACUACGAAAGUUACGCUGUUGAUUUUUCCUCGCGUUUGGCACGUCUGGUGGCAGGAUAACCAAGGACUCCGUCGUAAACUGGUGAUUUCAUAAACGCCGGUCUUUCAGACGGAAAAACUCCCGACUAAAUACAACUAACAAGGGCUUUUGACUGCAUUAUACAUUCAGUGUUGUUGAACUGGAGACAGGGGGCUAGCAUAAGCUUCAGCACUGCUUGAUCUAAUCUCGGCUAUUUAUACACCGCCAUUUUGUUAGCCGCGAAAUGUAAAUACAUUUACACUAACUUGUUACGUACGAGCUGUUCUGUUGAAAUGUGAAGGAAGCUUAUAGAUUUUCUUAACGUUAUUGGAAUGCAAGAAUUUUCGUACAGGGAUUUCAAAGUCACUCAAAUCACGUAUGGCUUCAUUCUGUGGACAGACGAGUUUUGAAUUAGCUGUUCUGUCAAGAAUUGAGCUUAUACCCACAGGUUGAAGACUUCUCUCGGCGAUCGAGACACAAUGACUAUGGCUUUUGGUGAAAGUAAUUUGAACAAUAAUUCUGAGUUUAUAAACUGUCUUCGAAAGCCUGUUGACCACCGAACAAAUGAGGAUGUUGAGACUAUCUUUUGUUGUUUAUCCGGGAUGCAGGCCGUGGCUGGUCUGUCUGAGUCUUCUGUCAGAGCCAUGUCAGAGACUGCAAGAUAUGAGGCAGAAGAUUCCAAUUAUUUACUUUAUGUGGCGGAUGAUAUUGCGGCUUGCUGGUAUAUAUUGUUGUCUGGUUGUGUUUUUCUGGAUGGAUGUAUGUAUCUACCAGGAAGCAGCUUUGGCAAACAACCACUCAGCACCAAUGGAAAAAGAGGAACUGAUUGCCUUGUGCUUGAAUAUUCUGAAUUGAUUGUGAUUGAUUUUCCAAACUCGGAACUGUUCCAGCCAUUUAUACGACGUUCGUACUCCAAGAAUGAUCUGGAGCGACUUCUUGCUCUGGAAACACAGGACUAUAGGAUAGGAGGACCAAUACCAGAUGAUGAACAAUUACCCAUGGAACUUCAACAUGUCAAAGAAAUCAUUUUGCAAAGUGACAAGAAUAUGAAAAGACGUGCGUCAGACUCGUCAUCUCUAAACAACCUCGAGUUGGAUCUUACAGGCUUGGUUGAGAGUAUCGUUGAUUCUGAUGAAGAUGAUGAAGAGGAAGAGUCACAUUCUUCACGAGAGUCUUUAAUGGUGCGUGAUGUUGUGCGAGACUGCCUGGAGAAAGAGCCAUUAGAUCGCACAGAAAGUGACAUCCAGGCUUUGUUGGAUUUCAUGCAACAUCUGCCAGCUUUUGCCAACAUGACCAUGAAUGUCCGGCAGGAGCUGUGUGCUGUUAUGGUGUUUGCUGUUGUAGACAAGGCAGGAUCUACAGUCAUGGAGAAUGAAGAGGAGCUGGACUCCUGGUCUGUAAUUCUCAAUGGUUCAGUGGAGAUUCUUGUCCCUGGGGAGGAGCCGCUUACCCUGCACCUGGGAGACAGUUUUGGCGUGGAGCCUACUCUGAAAAAGAUGCGUCAUAGAGGAGUCAUGAAGACUCGCGUUGAUGACUGCCAGUUUGUGUGCGUGGCGCAGGCAGAUUACUACAGAAUUCUAACUCAAGGGGAGAGGAGCAUUCAAUGCAUUGAGGAAAAUGGGGAGAUUGUCAUGGUAACAGAGUUUAGGAAAACUGACGGAGGAAGCAGGCAGGGUCACGUGGUCAUCAAGGCAACCCCUCAGAAGCUGAUAAGUCACGUAGUCGCAGAUCACUCGGCAAUCGACCCAACGUAUGUGGAGGAUCUGCUACUGACGUACAAAACUUUCUUAGAUCGUCCGUCACAGAUCUGCAGUCAGUUACUAAACUGGUUCCUUGAAAGACCAUUCAGAGACAAGGUGACGCGCGCAAUGCUUCUCUGGGUCAAUAAUCAUUAUAGCGACUUUGAAAGGGACGCUGAUAUGGAGAAUUACCUGGAGACCUUCGAAAAGGGCCUUGAACAACAGCAAAUGAGUGGUCAGCUUGGACUCUUAAACAUAGCAUGCGCAGCUAAAGCAAAGUCUCGCCGCAUCACAAUGGAUCGUUCGUCAAGAGAUAUGCCUCUCGGUUUUACAAUUGCCGGCGGCAAAGAAUCUGGUUUUGGUAUUUUUAUAUCCAAGGUUGAGGAGGACUCGAAGGCAUCAGAAGCAGGUGUCAGGCGAGGGGACCAGGUUCUUGAAGUUAAUGGAACUAACUUUGAAAACAUCUCGAAUAUAAAGGCAAAAGAUGUUCUGUCAAGCGCGAUUCACGUGUCGUUGUUAGUCAAGCAGAAUAUGCCAGCAUUCAAAGAGAUGCUAACGACCCCGCAUGGAAAGGAUAACUUGAAACUCACGCAAACAAAGGACACAGUUCAACGGAGUUCGUCUGACUGCAGCGAAAGGCAAAGGACUUUACAUAGUCGUCUUUCCGUUCCCGAAAUUUCAUCAGAUUCUGUCAAGAAACCAAUCCAACAUCUUCAUUCCUCCACUCCUUCUGAGAGAGUAAAGAAGGCUUUAAAUCGACUCAGCGCCUUUGGAACACUGUCAAGGAACAACAAGCUCAUUUCUAAAAGUGAAAGGGACCUUUUAAGCGUGGAUCACGACGGCCCUACAGAUGACAUGCACGUGGUGGCUCGGCACGGAGUCAAGAACCGCUUAAGGGGCAGUCUGCCAAGAGGAUUCGGGUCCUCAGAAUGUAUUCACACCAGCGAUCAGUCGCUGGAAAUGCCGGACAGGGUUAUCAAGGUUUACAAAGCCGACCAGACGUGUAGAUAUUUCAUGGUGUACAAGGAAACUACGGCACGGGAAGUCGUCAAUAGAGCCGUAGAUGCAUUUGGCAUUCAAGAACUUCCAGGAAAUUACUCACUGUGUGAGAUUACUGUAGAGGACGGAGGCCUCAUCAAGCAACGAAGACUUCCCGACAUGCUCACAAAUCUACCCGACAGAAUUCAUUUGAAUGGAAGAUAUUAUUUGAAGAACAACAAUGUUUCGAGCCAGCUGCUUCCAGACGAGGCUGCCCAGGAGCUGGCCAAAGAGUCUCACUCUACUUUGUUACAAAUCAAACCCCGAGACGUCGCCAAAGAGCUAACAUUACAGGAUUUCGAGGUUUUUCGAAGUAUUGAUCCUCGUGAGUACAUCUACGAGCUAUGGAACUUUGGCCCCAAACUUACGGAAAACUUGAGAAAAUUUUCUGAGAUUGUAAAUAAAGAAAUGUUUUGGGUUGUGACUGAGAUCUGCAGCGAAACAAACUUAGUUAAGAGAAUGAAGUUGAUUAAAGCUUUCAUCAAAAUAGCAAGACAUUGUAAGGAAUGCAAGAACUACAAUACAUUGUUCGCUAUUGUCAGCGGUCUUGGCCACUCAGCGGUACAACGCCUGAAGAACACGUGGGACAAAUUACCCACAAAGCAUAGCAAGGCGUUCGAGGAUCUUCAAAGUCUUAUGGAUCCGUCAAGAAACAUGUCCAAGUACAGAAAUCUGCUGAACGGAGAGCACGGCGAACCACCCUUAAUUCCGUUCUUUCCCGUUAUAACUAAGGACCUGACGUUCAUCCACUUAGGAAACGACAGCAUUGUGGACGGACUUGUAAACUUCGAAAAGCUUCGUCUGAUCGCUAGAGAAAUCCGUCAGAUUUCCAAAUUCAACUCCAUCCCUUAUGAUCCUGACACCAUGUUUGAAGACGAAAUUAACAGUCAAGGUGGUCCUGGGCAACAGAAAAUGACGUCAUCAGUGGUUGGCAUGGUAACAGGAAGCACCACAUGGAGUCGAAGAUCCUUGCGAGACCAGAAUCCUAAGAAGAUGUAUGAGGAGUCCAUGAUGUCACGGAGGGUGAAGCAGUAUUUAUCGAACCUAACCAUUAUACAAGAUGAGGAUAAAUUACGGGACAUGUCACAGGUCUGCGAGCCCCCUCAGGGGUCUGCUCCGCCCAGUGUACAGAUGCGCAAGAAAAACUCGCCCACGUCCUCCCCGACCGCCAACAAGAAAGAUCGUAAAGCUGGCAAACCUGUCCCGUCGCCGUUGGCACUCAGAAAGGAUUUUGCAGGUGACCGCGUGUCUGUGUCUUCUACGGCGAGUACGUCAUCAUUCCCCGACAUGCAAUCACCAAAACAACUCAAUGAAGAAGACAUACAUGUGUUCCCGGAGGGGGAUAGAACGUCUUUUCCGGAAGACACUGUUCACAUGCAGGAACUUAGAAGACUUCACAUCAGUGACGAGCAUCACAGACCACAUUACCGUCACCCUCCAGGUGUUGAAGCAAUCAGGCCGAUGGUGUAUUCAGCAGGUUCAGCAGAAAGUCUACCUUACAGUCCAACUCAUUCCACGUCCUCACAAGAACAUUCAUAUCACCCUGGAAUCACGUACCAAUACCCUGGUUAUCAUUACCCAGUGGACCAGUACAGCAGAGUAGAAUAUGUAGAAAAUUAUGACGAUGAAGAAGGUCAAGUUUCAGCUGUUUAACUGAUCGUUCUCAAGAGACGUCCUUCGCAGCUUCAUCUCUCCCUAAUAAGAUAUAUUUUGUUUUACAAUAAUUGAAGACUUGUUUUCGACUUUUAUUUUGGAUUUUUUUUUAAUCUUAGCGGGAAAUUUCUUGGGAAAGCAACUGUAGCUUUUCACGUCGUGAAGAGUUGAGAUUAUUGAACUUCCGAGAAGACAAUUUCCUCUUUAAAACUCGUUGUCGCCUUAAAACAAAUUCUCCGCCUGUGUAAAGCGUAAAAGAGGCCGUGAAUUCUGUGACUGAAAGACAAUAGGCAGAGCAGGUCAUCUGCCUAAACCUGUAGAAAU